AUGGCUAGGGAUACCUCCUCCGAAGAAGAGUCCGACUCCGAGUCUGAAGUUUCCGAGAUCAGCUCGGCCAGCGAGGACGAAGAGGAAUGGAGCGGGGAGUAUACGACGAGCGGCUACAAGUCGUUCGAAGAAGGCCAGUGCGGCUCGCGUGGAGAUUACGUGGCUCCAGAGGUCAAACUUGUUGAGAAGCCGCUCCGUUCGGCCUUGAAGAAGCCCAAGCCGUUCAACGUUGACAAUUCUGACCGAAUGGGACCCGAAGAGCAAAGGCACCGCGAUAUUCCGAUGGGCAAGCAGCACAGUGGCGUGGACGGAGAGCGGAAGAGGCGCGGACGGGAGGCCACCUCACCACCGGCCGCCCAGCCGCGCAAGUUGUCGUUGGAAGAGUACAAGCAGCGAAAACAGACGGCCGCGCCCACCCCGCCACAGAUCAAGCAGGAGCCAGAAGCUCGCGCCUCGUGGAUGCCGGAUUUCGAUGACAUCAGCCACACAACGUUCACCAUGGCGCCGAUUCCCGACCGCAUGCGGGUGCUGAACUGGGACACGUCCAGCAGCGAUUCGCCCUCGUCUUCUUCGCAGCGUCCUGUCGGCCCGGCUCGCAGCAAGAAGAUCUCGAUCGACAAGGACCGCGAGUCGACGGCCCGUCUCCGCGAACGCAUGAAAGAAGUCAUGCCGAACUUCUUGUUUAAU